CUGGACUGGAGUUGGGUUGUUUUGGUUAGCCAAAGAGGUCGAAGUUUUGGUAACAAUGCGAUUGUUAACAGUUCAGUGGUAAAGAUAUACUAGUCUCUAAUAUUUUUAACAAUGGGGGCACUAAAGGUCAACGUUGGACAAGAAAAUUCAGGCACGGCGGCCACAAUCGCAGAGGCCAAGUUGGUAUGCCAGGGAGUAAACAACCAGAGCUACAUCUGUGAGUCGGGGCACUGCUGUGGAGAGACACAGUGCUGCAGCUACUAUUAUGAACUGUGGUGGUUCUGGUUGGUGUGGGCUCUGAUCAUUAUCCUGACAUGCUGCUGUGUUUGUCAGCACUGGCGCUCCAAGCAGCGCUUCCAGCAGCAGCGCCGCCAGAACGAGAUCAAUCUCAUCGCCUACAGAGAGGCUCACAACAACUCUCAACUACCUCUCUAUCUCAGAUUCUUGCCCACCUAUCUGCUGCCGCCCUAUGAAGAGGUAGUUGACCGCCCAGCCACGCCCCCUCCUCCCUACACCCCUCUUCAAUCAGCACCUCCUCCCACAGACCCACCUGAGGAAUCUCCUUGCCCCCACUCGGCUAUCUCUGUCCCUAGUGAUGCUGAUGUAGCGCUCCCUGCUACUCCAGAGGGUACGCAGAGCCACCUUCACAGUGCUCACAACCCCAACAAGGACUUGACGCCGGGCAGGUACCGGCGCUUCACUGGGGAUUCUGGAAUUGAAGUGUGUGAUGGCCAGGAACUGUGGGAUCAGCAUGGCUUUUUAGAAAGAGAAGAAGAGACAGAGGAAGAGGGGACUGGGCAAAUGGAGGACCCAUGUGAUUGCUGUGGUCCCCCGACCUUUGAACACAGCCAUAUUAUUGAUGCAGUCAUUGAUGAAAACACAGAUGGACACACAGCUGUGGAUACAGAGCCCCAGUCUCUUAGGUAAUCCAGUCUGUCAUAUCUGCAGUCCUGAAACAAAGCUCUGCAGCAGUCACUGAUGCAAUAGUCUACCUUUGGUGCUCAGGGUUUUAUUCUAUCUGUGCAUGUGUACGUUUGAUUAACAGUGUGUGUGACAGGCCUGGAGACAAAUGAAAGGUAUCACUAAAUGUUUUAAUCAUUUCCAAAAAUGUUAAGGUAUGCCAUGCAGGAUUUGUGCGUUGCUGUUUGUAAACACACCAUUCAAAGUUGGGCCCUCCUUCCCAGCUCAACUGGCAAGAAAGUGAGAGCAGAGGCGGUUGAGUGAGAGAGCGAAUGAAGGGAGGGAGUGGCAUCAGCAAGAACAAAGCAGCAAAUCAGAGAAAUGAAACAGAGACAGUGAUGUAACCUGGUUGCUAUGUUUUUAUGGAGUCCCAACCUCACUCUGGGGGCUAUACACCCAGUGCCCAAAGGUUGACCCCCAGGAAUAUCCUGAACACAGAAAUAUAAUAAUAGAGGCAGAGGGCCGGGUCUGUGUAGAUGCAUACACCGCCACACACUGCAAGUGCAUCAGUGAUGAUAGAGUGAUUCUAUCCGUUGUUUUCAGGAAAAUCCUGCAUACUAUACUUUUCAAGCUACAUUAUGUAUUCUGGUUCGAAGCGGUAGGUACAGUAUGUUCAUAGCCAAGCUCCACUCCUCAUUUUCAGGUUGAAGUUUGGACAGUUGCAAACUGCUUUGAAAUGUUCUCCUGGCAGGAGGCAGCAAUGAUAUCUUUUUUCCACAUUCGCUUUACCAGUUCUUUAACUCUGUUCAACGCUUCUCUGAGUUAUAGUUCUCCAUGUAACUAAAGGGGCUGUUGCUCUGCCACUCACUAAUUUAGUUUAUUCGCACUUACACAAGUGUUGACAUCAUAAUAGCAUUCAGGUUCGUAGGACCAUGGGACUUGCUGAAGACUUAAAGUCAGUGUUCAUUUAUUAUAAGAUGCAUCUUGUAGCUUUUAAGGACAAUCAUCACAUUUGGAGGUUUUGCAAAAUGUUCUGCUUGUUCCUCUCAAAUUGAUGCUAGCAAAGUCAGUCAGUGAGACUUAUGAAAAGAAAUGAGUGAGCAAGUAUAAAUUUACUGAAUAAUGCUGGACUGGGUAUCAACUCAAAUGGUUCUCAUUUUGACUUACUGUGCCUGUGCAGUGCAGCCAGUGUGCAAACACAAAGCCUUCCAGCAGCUACCAUCCAGUCUGUGCAAUAAAGCAGAUUAGUUUGAUUUAGCACUGUUGCAGAGCAAUAGCAUGUUCUUCUUUACUGGAAUUACAUUUUCAGUCUAUUUAGCAUUGAGAGCUAAUUGAAAAAGGUGUUUGAGCUACAACAAAUACUGUAUAUCAUCUUUUUAACUUUUGCACAAUUUGGAAAAUGCACCAGCUAGUGAAGUCUGAUUUAGCAGAAUUAGAAAAGAUUGCUUCUGUGAACCAAACGAGCUGGUGGUUUAAUGUUUCCAUGGACAGGCUGCGUCUCCUCCCAAGCCCCGACUCAACCAGGACAGGAGUGGCCUUACAAGCCAAUCAACAGUUUUCAAAAGUAAAGUAUAGAGACAGUUAACAUGUCUCAUUUCUAGUUGGAGUUCAUGCAGAACAUUGCAAAAACUGCACCAGCAGAAUGAUUUUUGAUUGAUUCAUCACCAGCACAUUUGUGUACAGCGCCAGUUCUCCUCACACAGGAUCAGUUCUUUACUAAAUAUUCAGCUUUCUGCUCCAUUAGCCUUUGUAUGAGUCUUUAAUGCCUUGCCAUACUGAUAUUAUAUGAGGCGUUGUUUUCUGAUGCCAUAGUGCCAUAAUAUGUAGCCUUUAAGUAAAGAAUAUUUAGGUAAACGUAAUCAAAGCUAUGGAGUCUCUUUUCCAUAGAGUAACUGAGUAACUUUCAGUGUACACAAUCAUAGAUUCAUCAUUUAGUCAAUGUGUUUUAAUGUAGUUUGCCAGAAGGUUCUGCACACAUCAGCUCUGGGUUAAAAACUGUGCAAACUGUUACCAAACUCUUGACUUUUAAGUAAGCAUAUGUUUGUGUUGAAGAUUAUUUGUAAGUGUGUGCAUACAAAGGGAAUGACAGUGGUGCAGGUGGAGGAUAUAUUCAAGCUGUUGGGAAGCUACCAGUGCACUAAGGGCUCUUUCUCCAAUUGAGUCAGUUGAGCACUUUUCCACAUCUGCAGACCUGAACAGUGGUCUUAAGCACCUGGUGCUACACUCUGUAUACAGUAAAUGAUCUGAAUUAUUUGCUGAAUAAAACAUUUUU